ACCCUCCAGCAGAAACAUCUGUUCCCAGUCACCGCCGCCGCACCCAGCCCAAGCCCCUCUUCUCCCACUCUGCUCUCCGUGGUUCCUCUCAUGAGCCCCUUUGCACUCCUCCUUUCUCAUGCUUCCCGUGUUUUGGGGAGUUUGUCAGUUUGUCAGGAUCUGUGUUGAUGCACGUCGUUGAAGGUCGCCAGAGCCUCCACCUGCACUGGCUGCUUCUGGCUGUGAUUACAAGUAACUGGAGGAAGAGGAAGCUACAAUCUGGAACUUUAAUCACCUUCAUCUUCAAUCCAGAGCGAGCUCACUGUCAAUCUCCUGCGGGGUUCUCCUGGCCAGCAGCUCCUGUGUUACAGUGAGGCAUCAGUCAGUACUGUACUUCUGUCAGAUAGUUUGUGAUGUGUUACAUGAAUGCUUUGCGAAGUAUCAGUGUUCACUGGUUUACCUCAGCAGUGGUGUGGCCAGAAUAACCACCUCCAGAUGUUUAUGAGCACAGUCUGACGGAUUAUUGGCAAUAAAAAUCGUGCCCUCUUCACCCAUAACUCUUUGCCCUUUGGAAGUUAAUGCCUAAUCAGAGCACGGACCCAUAGCUGGGACCAAUCCCUGUUUAUGGGAGGGAGGUUACUUGCGUGUGAACAGAUCGGCCAUUGCAGACCACAGGCAGAUACAAGCUGAGGAGUAAACCAGGCACACCUCAACCUGUCGAGCGGGACGUCUAGGACUUGGCCAAGGAGACUGUCACCAUGCCCAAGGUUUCUAUCCUGUCCAAGGCUGUUGCAGCCACUUUUGUCAUCUUGACCAUCUCCGUCAUCGCCGGCAUCAUCACCAUGGUUGUCUUCUACAAAAGUGAGAUCUCUACAAUGAACCCCACGCCUCGCCCGACCUUCCCGUCGACCACCCUGGCGCCACCGCCUGUCAUGCGACUGCCGAGAAGUCUGGUACCUGAGAAGUACACCAUCACCAUCAAGCCUGAAUUCUACUCCCGAAUUAUCGAGAAGGUCAACGUGACCAGUCCAAACCAGACGCUGGUGUUCAGUGGAGAGUCCACGGUGGAAAUCCGCUGCGUCCAGAAGACGAGAAGCAUCUACCUCCACAGCAAGAACCUGCUGGUUUCUGAUGAAGUGGUGAUGAACAAAAAUACAGAAGAGCGUAUAAAAGUGUCCUCAGUGAAAAACCACGAUGAUGAAACUGACUUUCUGGAGAUCCAGCUGGAUUCGGAUUUGGAGGAAGGAAGUAUUUACACUUUGCAACUGGCUUUCAGGGGAGAAAUAUCAGAAAACCUGGAAGCCUUGUAUCUGAGCUCAUAUGUGGAAGGAGUCCCUGCUGAUGAAGAUGAUACCAACGCAGACAGAUUCCUGGUCGCAACCAAUUUACAACCGACAGAUGCCAGGAAAGUGUUUCCUUGUUUCGAUGAGCCUGACAUGAAGGCGGUGUUUAACGUGACCAUCGUUCACAGACGAGGCACAGUAGCUCUGGGAAACACCCAGGAAGCAGUCUCUAAUAUUAUAGAUGAUGACUGGAAAUACACUCGUUUCCUUCCCACGCAGAGGAUGUCCACGUACCUAUUUGCCUUCGCCGUCUCAGAGUUCAAACCGACCAGCUCCAAACAUGACAGAGUGAACAUCAAGAUAUACUCCCGCCCAGAGGCCGCUAAUGCAGGAUAUGCUCAGUAUGCAGCCAAUAUCACCGGAGACAUUCUGAGUUUCUUUGAGGAUCAUCUCGAAAUUAAAUACCCACUAUCAAAGCUUGAUCAAAUUGCGCUGCCAGAUCUGAAUCCCGCAGCAAUGGAAAACUGGGGCCUGGUCACGUACCAGGAGGGCGGCCUGCUUUAUGAGGAUAGCGUGUCCUCACUGCUGCACAAGGAAGCGAUCGCUACCAUUAUUGCACACGAGCUGGCACAUCAGUGGUUUGGAAAUCUGGUGACGAUGAAAUGGUGGAAUGAUCUUUGGCUGAAUGAAGGCUUUGCUACGUAUAUGUCCUACUUUGCAGUGGACAAAGUGGAGCCUUCGUUUAAUAUAAAAGACAUGUAUAUUGUGAACGACCUCCACAUAGCAUUUCAGGAGGAUGCUCUGGCCUCGUCGCAUCCUCUCAGUCCUCCACAGGAAGAUGUCCAAACCACAGUGCAGAUCACAGAGAUGUUUGACUCUAUCACGUACAGCAAGGGGGCGACUGUGCUGAGAAUGUUGGCAGAUGUUGUGGGUGAAAAGGAUUUUAACAGAGCAGUCAAAAUGUACCUCUUGGACUUUAGGUAUAACAACACUGAGAAGAACAAUCUCUGGGAAUAUAUAGACAAGGUUCUAGCUGAUAUCGGUAACCCAGGUAUUGCCAAGGUGAUGGACAAGUGGACCAGUCAAAGCGGCUACCCUGUCAUCACCAUCAAUACGACAGAUGGGGAAAUCUACCAGAAACACUUCCUGUUCAACGAUUCUGCUGAAUCCAGUCUUUGGUGGUAUGUCCCAGUCCGAGUGAUGACAUCUGAGGCAAAAUCCGAAUCCAAAAUUGUCUGGCUGCUCACCGAUGAGCGAGAAAAGAAAAGUGAAUUCAUUGCUAAGGACAAGUGGAUCCUGGCAAACAUGAACUGGAGUGGAUACUACAGAGUCAACUACAACCCAGAGAACUGGGAACAGCUCCUGACUCAGCUGGAGACAGACCCACAGGAGAUCCCAAUGAUGAACAGAGUGCAGCUCAUAGAUGACGCCUUUAACUUGGCCAGAGCCAAACUUGUUGAUGUGACUCUGGCUCUGAACACGACGCGCUUCCUGCGCAACGAGACGGCGUACCUUCCGUGGGAGUCGGCCAUUAUGAACCUCAAAUACUUCGUCCUCAUGUUUGACCGCUCCGAGGUUUACGGACCCAUGCAGGCGUAUCUCCUGAAACAGGUUGAAGGGCUGUACGGCUUCUUCAAGAAUUACACAGACCAUUCAAGAGUCCCGGAAGACCAUUCCCUGCAGUACAACCAGAUCAACGCCGUGGAGCUGGCGUGUUUCAACGGACUCGAGGAAUGUGUGACCAUGGCCAAGGACAUGUUUGCCCUCUGGAGGAACAAUGGCACAAACAUCAUCCACCCCAACCUGCGGUCCACCAUCUACUGUCAAGCUGUGGCUGCCGGAGGGAAGGACGAGUGGGAGUUCGCCUGGAACACGUUCCAGAACACCAGCGACACUUCGGAGAAGGAGCAGCUCCGUAAAGCUCUGUCCUGCACCAAGAAGAUCUGGCUGCUCAGCAGAUACCUGGAGUACACUUUGAGCCCUGACAAGAUCCGUCUGAUGGAUGUUGCCUCCACCAUAAUCUACAUAGCGAGGAAUGAGGCGGGGCAGGCGUUGGCCUGGAACUUUAUCAGAGCUCACUGGGACUACAUCAUUCAAGGGAAUGGAGCUGCAGUGAUUGGGGAAGUUACCAGACGGUUCUCCACAAAGUUUGAGCUCCAGGAGCUGGAGCGCUUCUCUAAGGACUAUGACAUGCAGGAUGCCGCCAGGGCGGUGGAGCAGGCCAUAGAGCAAACCCGAGUCAACCUCCAGUGGGUCAGCGAGAACAAGGACAGCGUACUGGAAUGGUUUGAAAAUGAAAAUAACAAAUACAAACUUUAAGCCCCGUUUGAUUUGGAGCCAAUCAGCUGAGCGAGCUGCCGACCUAAUCUUUUCAUCCUCCAUCGAAUCUACAUACGAGAACUCAGCCAGAAAAGAAAAUGUAGGAGAUGACGUAAAAUUCUGUAUCGUACUGUACACGUCCUGAAAGAAACAGUGUUCAUGUGCAAACCUUUGUGCCUUAUUUAUGUCGAGUCAACCUUUAAGUCUACUUGUUUGUAUGUGUACGUAGAGUUUUUUCAUCUACUUCAUCUGUUGUUGUUUGAGCUGAUUUAUAUUAUAAACAAUUUUACAAUCAACUUCUAUUGUUACAGUGAAAAGUCAAUAAUCAACAGCUAAAUAUGUUUUGUAGCAAAUACAGUUUGCAUUACGAUAUAAAAAACUACCCAGUGUCUUAGUGUGUUAUAAUCAAUGAACCAAACUAUUCUUUAUCUUGUUUGAAAUUGUUAUUUUUAAUAAAAAACAUCACAAUAAAAAAAAGUCCUCACAUUCAGAACCUCUUCUUUGUUUGACCUCAAUGGAAUCUUUAAAGCAGUGUCUGGCCUGCUGUCCGUUUGCUGAGGAGCCGUACCUCGUGAAGCUACGGUGAAUGAGUCGCCACAGGCUGCUUCACAGAGCAUCCUUCGCUGAACGCACUAUUUUGAGCCAACGUGAGAACGGAUUUGGCCGCUCCCCAUCUGCGUUCCGCUCACUGGUUUAAAUCACGCUCAUUAUAGUGUUUGGGCUUUUGGUCAUUGUCAAACCAAAAACCAGAUCACACCCACAGUCUAAUGUACUGCACUGUACUGUCUGAGUAUAAAAGACAGUUAAAAGUAUACAUAUUAUCAUGGGUCUUAAACAUUGCUUUAUGGCUUCCUUCAUUGUGCAGUUC